UGGAAUUCACUUUGCUCGCAUCAUGUGGUUGCAUUGGCUGAUCUGGGGAUUUAUCUGGCUCCAAGCGGCUGAAGCCACGAAGUGGUACGAUGGAGGAUUAGAAUUUAAUCAUCCCUCUGCCUGGAUAGAUGACAUCUUGCCUUGUGCCCAGGAUUUAGUCGUUUUUCCGGAAUAUUAUCCAGCCUUGUUGCCCUUGCCCGAGGAUAUAUCUAUUGAUGGUUUAGUUUUCGCCAAAGAGGGGGCGAUUCUUCUGGCUGAGGAAUCUACCAUAACCUUUGGUUCAAAGAAAAAUUCCAUAUGUGAAAGUGGAGAGAAGAAAGCCUAUUUGAGGCCACCCAAGUCGAGUAAAUGGUUUGAUCCUGGCACCUGGACAGAUAAAUUCAACAAAGAUUUCUCCAGAUUCAUACCGGAACUUGAUAGGAUACCCUGCGAUGACGAGCAGGUUAUAAUUAAGGGUCACGGCCCAUUGGCUUUUGAUCUCGAAAACGUGCAGUAUCUGAGACUGGGCCAACUUAUCCUGGCUGGUUCCUCUAUUUCCAAAAUCUAUUUGGAACAACUCAUCACCAGAGAUUUAGGGCAGUUUUUAUUUCACAAUGCUCAGGCUGUCCAAGUAGAGUAUUAUAGAGGAGAACUCUGUGGCUGCCACAAGGACUUCGAACGAUUGCUGGAGCCCGUUUGCCACAAUGUUCAGGAGCAGUGUGAAACCCCCCACUGUUUAUCUCCAGUUCGACCCUUCGGAUCCUGUUGUCUCAUUUGCGGGGCGAUUCUGUCCACACCGACGAGUCACUGCACAGAGGGCAGUAGAAAGGAAAUCCUAACUAAAUUAAGAACCCUUAUUAGCGAGGAAAGUCUGAAGGAUCAUAUCCAACUCCAUGUGGAGUUUGUGGGCUCACAACAGUUUGGAAACUUCCUGGAGGCUAUAGUGACGAAUCGGGAUCGUCUUGAAUACAAUGAACGGAGCAUGGAAUUCUGGCAAAAUCAGAUCGAUUAUUGGAAUAAAUCGGGCACUACGUUGAAGGUUUCCGGUCGACCCUACAACCCAAAUGUGAGCUUCUCCUCGAUCAUUUUGAUACUCUUCUGCAUGGCCCUGGUUGGAUUGGUAUCCGUGGUAAUUUUGGCCCACUUUAUGCCGGAGAAUCGCUACCUAAACAGGAUACCCCAGUGGAUCCAUGAUCCCCGGUACUGGAGAUGGCGUCACUUGGGUGUGAGACUACGCAGGAACCUGCUGUUUAAUCGAUUUGAAAACGGCGGAGCAGGUGGUGGCUCCAGUGAGGGAGGUGCUUCUGGUGUGGAUCGUCUGGGUAUAAUGGCUUAUGAUCCGGAGAGCGGUGAAGUGAGGGAACGGUCCUUUGACAAUCCAAUGUUUGAGCAUGGAGCAGCAAUCGACGUAUCUGCCGAAGAAUCGCAGGAACAGGAACAAUGCUUGGGUGCCCCUAAAAUGGAGGCGGGUGAUCUGGAUGCCAGUAGUGUCGUGGAUGAACAGGAACUAAGUGAAAUUAAUUUAAAAACCUGCGAUGAUGAAACCGAUGAGGAGACCAUCUAAUAGGGUUAUUCUCAAUAAGGCAAAUAAAAAACUAGAAAUCAACCUAACUUGGGCAAUACGAUUUGUAUAUAUGCCCGCAUGUAUAACAAAAAUUUUCAUUUCUAUUUCAUUUUAGAAACAUUUGUUUAAAAUCAAUGAAGUUGUUUCGAUUAUUCAAUAAAUUUCUUCCUUAACGAAUAUAAUAGUUGUUGUAAUUACAUGAUAUACUUUCCAAACCAGAUUGCUAUAGGAGUUGACUCCAAAAGUUUACUUCACUUAUAAGUUAGAGGCGGAUACCAUAGGAUUAUUUUUGGAUAUGACAUAACCGAAAGUCAAUUAAAUACGCACAAUCGAUAAAUAGCGUGUAACAAAAGCUCAGAGAAACCAAAGGGCACCUGGUAAUGAUACCAGAUAAUUCAGUUAGCGGGGCUUUAAUGACGUCGCCUUUUGUCGCGAUGGCCUUGCUCCUUGACCUUCACUAGGGGGUGCUUUGGGGGCUGGGAAUCGAUAGUUGACAUUAGCUGCGAACAUAUUUCGAGGAGCCUUUGUCUCGGCUCUUAAAUAUGGUUCAUGUGUAUCCACAUCUAUUCAUAGAACGCUCUUGAAAAGGCGAGUGCCAGUGCGGAUUAAGCGUCCGUUUUCAGAUUUUAAUUUAGCUUCUGUCAAUUUAUUCUCGAGUGGAAAUACUUUGUACCACGGCGAUUGAGAGUGUGGUAGAUAAGCGCUCCUUAUCAGUAUCAAAGCGAAAGCAAAAAUACAUACAGUAUUCGCUCGAGUUCAGUUUACUAUACCAUUUUGGCCAAUUAAAUAAACGUAACUUUAAAAACAAAUGAAGUGACGAAUGAAAGGGAACUUCUGUGAAGAAACUAAACAAAUUAUAUUUUAUAGUAGUUGUU